AGGAUUCUAAUCGGAACCGGAAGUGAGAGCCGGAAGCAAUACUUGUUCAUUUCAAAUGCUUCUGAAUUGGUCUGCACUGCGACGAGGCGAUCCGCGUGCGUCUGUGAACUUUUCUUUUCCAUGUUAGACUGAUGUUCACAAGAUGUUCGGUGCCUGGUGCCCAGUCCAUAAAGGUGCAAACAUCCUCUGCCUUAGAAGAGUCUGCAGCAAUAUAAAUCCUGUUGUCACUGAUUAAGAAAAGCAAAGCAAAGGAAUCCGGAUCCCAGAUCACCUCAGCGAGAAAGGCGCCGACAGCUAUGAUGAGGUGCGGGCGCGUGAGGCUGGAUUUGCAGGCAUUGCGAGGGGAAGCUUGGGCUGCUCUCACGACAAAGGUGAAAAGGAACCAGCCUUUGCGGGAUGGUGGGAGAAGCCGACUCAGCUUCCAGGCUAGAGUUUCAAAGACGUGUAGUGGUCACCCGAGGGAGCACAAACGGCAACACCGGCAAGGGACGCUGUGCCCGGGAAAGCACGCGACUGCCUUGCCUGAGAUCAUUUUCCAGGGCUUAAACAACAGGCUGUUUUCUAGCUCCGCAAGGGACGGAGAUGACAGCGAUGAACCAGUAGGACAGGGUAGGUCUGCUGCAGCUCCACGAGAAUCCGGCAGGCUGCUUGGGAACCGUAGGAGACGUGCAUGGGAAAGCUCGCUUUCUCCCUUGGAAAGGGUGAGCCGACUGGUACACGAGGAGUUUCUUUCUCCGGAGGUCCCAGCCCUGGGAAGUGCAGAGGCCAAGGAAGCCAAGCAGCAGGAAAAAGAAGCCUGUGUAACAGAAGACAGAGCCUCUCAUUCCGCCAGAUUCCCUCCCCAGGCAGAAUCCCAGCCGGGUCAGGGCUCGUUGUCUGAGAAACUCCGGGAUGCGCCUUCCAAGAACGUUCCCUUCCAGGUAGGGGAUCUGAUUCUAGCAGAAACCCGCCGAAGACGCGACACAGAUUUUAAAAAGCUGUGUAAACUCACCGCUGCCGGUGUGCUGAAUACCAGCUGGGGGGUGGUUAAGUUUGCUGAGAUCAUAGGAAAGUUCCCAGGGCAGAUGUUCCGGACGCUUGUGGGUCACACGUUCCUAAUCAGGAGGCCGGCGUUGGAAGAAUAUGUGUUGCUGAUGAAGAGAGGACCUACCAUCUCCUAUCCCAAGGAUAUUAAUGCAAUGCUACUUUUAAUGGAUAUCAGCCAAGGAGACACAGUGCUGGAAGUUGGUUCUGGGUCUGGCGGCAUGAGUUUAUUUCUAUCAAGAGCAGUUGGUCCCCAAGGACAUGUUAUAAGUUAUGAAAUCAGGAAAGACCACUACAAAGUGGUGAAAAAGAAUUAUCAGAGCUGGUGUGAUGCAUGGAAAAUAAGUCAUAAUGUAGAGUGGCCAGAUAAUGUAGAUUUCAUUAAUGAGGACAUUUUAACAGCACGUGAGGAUUUGAAAACUGUAACAUUUGAUGCAAUUGCUUUGGAUAUGGUCCUCCCCCAGAAUGCUUUGUCUGUGGUCAUCCCAAAUCUUAAACAGGGAGGUGUUUGUGCAGUAUACCUUGCAAAUAUCACUCAGGUUAUUGAUCUGAUGGAAGCCAUCCGGACCAGCAACUUAACCCUUUUUUGUGAAAGGAUAGUUGAGGUGACACACAGAGAUUGGUUAGUACUCCCGGCUAUGUGGAGAAAUGGCUGCAUUUUCCAAAAUAUGGAAUCCAAGCAGAAUACGGAUGGUGAAUCAGCUUGCCAUCAUGAAAAUGAGGAGGAUCCUGCUGAACACAGCAAAGAUGAUGCAGCUUUCGUUUCUGACAGAACAAAACCACCAUAUAUUGCUAGACCUUACCACUGGCAAAUUGGUCACACAGCCUUUCUUGUCAAGCUGCGGAAAUUUAACCCAGCAUAUCCAAACACUACUUCACUAUGUUAAAGACUGCACUUCACCAGAAUUAAAACUGUAGAUAGAACUGAUUUAUUCUGACAAGAUUUUUGAUACUGUUUGUUUCAGCAAAAUAUAAAACUUAAAAGAGUAAUAAACAUAAAGCAAAUAUUUUGAAAUGUA